AUGAGCGAGGGUUCGAGCUACAGCUACGUCGACUACAGCCAAGGUGGAGGCUUCGGCGGCGGUUAUGGCGGCUUUGGAGGCACCAGCAACAGUGGUUAUGGAUCAGCGGCCUAUGGGGGAGCGGAUCGUCGGGGGCCAGGGGCCUCUGACGAGUAUGCAGGUUCCCACUACGAGCAUGGAGGCCAUCGCGGACGUGGCCGCGGCCGAGGCCGUGGACGAGGCCGUGGACGAGGCGGCGGUGGUUAUCAAGACGGUGGCCGCGGCCGCGGUGGUGGUGGACGUGGUCGUGGUGGUAGUGGCCGCGGCGGCGGUGGCGGUGGCGGUGGCGGUGGCGGCGGGCCUCCCGCAGGUCUAUCGGGGCGUGACAUCGGCAUGUGGUACGCACGUCAAGGCCAGGCUGCUCGCAAACAGCAAGAGCGACGCGAGCGCCCCAUCGUUAGCUUCGAUUCCCACAAGCAUCGUGAUAUCCAGCAGCUGCUCUCCUCAGCCCGCGUACAGGUUCCACAAAACGCAUCAGUCACAGCAGAUGAGGCUGCUCUUGGAGCUUUGAGCGGGACCAGCUUCAAGCGCAACGUUGAUAAUUUGACCGAGGCCAGCCUAGUGCAAGACCGCGAAGCGAAGCGUGCCAAGGAGCAGUCUGAUAGCAGCCUGGCAGCCUUUCGCCAAAAACUGCCGGCCUGGAAACAACAAGCUGACGUCAUUGAUGCCAUCCGCUCUCAUCAAGUCGUCAUCGUUACCGGUGAAACGGGUUGUGGCAAGACCACGCAGGUCCCACAGUUUGUGCUGGACGAUGCGCUGGAUCGGGGCGAAGGCAUGAAUGUGCAAAUGGUUUGCACACAGCCACGCCGCAUCAGUGCCACUUCCGUAGCCCAGCGCGUCGCUCGCGAGCGCAACGAGUCUUGUGGUGGCUCGUCUAGCUCCACAGGUUAUCAAAUCCGCCUGGAUGCACGCCUGCCGCGCUCUCAUGGUUCCAUUACCUUUUGCACCGUUGGCAUUUUGCUUCGCCGCCUCAUCAAUGACAGUAGCCUGCAAGACAUCAGCCAUAUUAUCUUGGAUGAGGUGCAUGAGCGAGACAUCUUGACCGACUUUCUCUUGGUCAUCAUCAAGGACAUCUUGCCCAAGCGCCCAUCGCUCAAGGUCAUUCUGAUGUCGGCCACUCUGAAUGCUGAGACCUUCUCCUCAUACUUUCCCGGUUCUACGACCCUACACAUCCCUGGCUUUACCUACCCUGUUGAAGAACUCUACCUGGCCGACGUGUUGGAUGAGAUUCGUUAUCGCCUCCCACCACCGCGCGAUUCGUUUGGUGGGGGUCGAGGCGGCCGAGGUCGUGGUUUUGGCGGCCGGGGCCGAGGUCGGGGUCGAGGAGGCCGAGGCCGAGGCCGCGGUGGCUUUCGCCAUGAGGAGGAAGGUGGUAUCGGGGAUGAGGCGCAGGCCACAGCCGAGGAGCUGCAGCAACAGGCAGCAUACCAAGCCUAUGUCAGCUCGCUGGCUGCCAGCGGAUAUUCCCACCAGACGAUAGAAGGUUUGCGCCGGCGGCCUAUUGAUGAGACUGAAGCCAUGAUCGAUUACGAUCUUGUUACAGCAGUGAUUUGGCACAUUUGUCGCAACAAGCCCGAUGGUGCCAUUCUCUGCUUCAUGCCUGGCUGGACUGAUAUUCAGAAGGUCUAUGAGACUCUGAAGAGCAGUGGGCCCACCGCCAAUCGUCAGAAGUACCGUGUUUUGCCGCUUCACUCCAUGUUGCCUACAGCCCAGCAGCAGCAGAUUUUCGACCGGCCGCCGGCAGGCGUGCGCAAGAUUGUGAUCGCCACCAAUAUUGCUGAGACUAGCAUCACGAUCGAUGACGUUGUUUACGUCAUUGACACGGGUCUCGGCAAGGAAAAGACUUAUGAUGAAGUCAGUCACCUCUCCGAACUCAAGGCAACUUGGGUCAGCAAGGCAUCAUCUCGCCAGCGAAAGGGACGCGCCGGUCGUGUUCAGGAUGGUGUGUGCUAUCACCUGUUUACCCGGUUCCGCUUGGCACAAAUGGAGGACAAUCAGCUGCCCGAGCUGUUGCGCACACCUCUCGAGGAACUUAUUUUACAGAUUAAGAUUCUCAAACUUGGUCAAGCCAGCGAUUUCUUGCAGCGUGCCAUCGAUCAGCCCUCGCCACAAGCCGUGGAAAACGCUUUGAAAGCACUGCGCCAGCUUCAUGCCCUUGACAAGGAGGAAAACCUGCUUCCGUUGGGACAUCAUUUGGCGCAGCUUCCCGUGGCACCCAAGAUCGGUCGAAUGCUGGUGUUUGCAGCCAUGCUGCAGUGUCUGAAACCCAUCUCUGUCAUUGCGGCGAGCUUGAGCUUCAAGGACCCAUUCUCAGCUCCCAUCGACAAGCAAAAGGUCAUGGAUCAACGCCGCCGCGCCAUGGCACCGGAGGCGAUGAGCGACCAUAUUACGCUUUUGCGUGCAUACCAAGGCUGGGAGGAAGAGCUGCGACAUGGCGGGGCUCGCGAGUACUGCUGGGACAACUUUUUAUCGAGUUCAACGUUGAACAUGAUCCGGGAUAUGGCCGGGCAGCUCAUGGAUUUGCUGCGUGACAUUGGUUUCAUCUCGGCUGAAGUGGACUUUAACCGACAUGCUGACAACACACAGCUCAUCAAGGCUGUGUUGGCAGCCGGCCUGUAUCCCAACGUCAUCUCCGUUCAGCACCCGCACGGGCGGAAGUUUGGUGAACGUCCCCCCAAGCUGUUUACACAGGAGGAUGGACGCGUCACGCUGCAUCCCAAAUCUGUUUUGGCCGAGGAGACGGUGUUUGAGACCAAGUGGUUGGUGUAUCACCUUAAAAUGCGCACGACCUCGUUGUUUGUGUACGACGCGACCAUGGUUCAGCCGUUGGCCCUGCUGUUUUUUGGAGGCGAGAUUUCGACGGGCAUGGAGGACGGCGAGGAGAUUAUCCAAGUCGAUGACUUUAUUACUUUUCGAUCACCCGCGCGGACAGCAGACCUGGUGCGCGACCUACGAGACCAGGUUGACCAUAUUUUGCAGAAGCGGAUUCGCAACCCAUCGUCGCGGUUCGACGAGCGCGAGGCACGCAUCUUGGCAGCCAUUAUCGACCUGAUCACCCACGAAGAAGUGGAUCGCCAACGGUUCAUGGAUGGGCGCAAGCAGUACACGCGACGAGAUCCCGACUGGCGUCUUGAGCAGCCAUAG